AUGCCGCCCGCGACGGCGGCCACCACCAUGGUCUCCCUCCGGGAGCUGGCGGACUUGGCCAUCGGCACCCCGGAGGUGGGCGCCGUCAACUUCACGGCCCUGCACACGCUCAUCGUGGCCAUGCUCCGGAGCCUCAACCUGCAGGAGGUGCGCAUCGACUUCCAGUCGCCGUUGCCGUCGCCGGAGACGAGCCGCACCUUGGAGCUCCCGCAGGCCGCGCUCAGCGCCCCGCAGCUGGCUGCGUCCAAAGAGAAGCCGCGCGGCGGCCUGACCAAGCCACCGACGGCCGCGGCGACGCUCGAGAGCCAGGUGAAGGGCCUGGGCGGGCAGGUCCAGGACCUCAGCAGGAAGCUCAAGACCGUCACGAGCCAGGUGCAGGGCAUCGUGAGCCACGUGCAGCACCUUACGGCUCCCAUCAGCGAGCUGGACGCCCGGGACUGGCUGGAGGAGACCGCCCAGCUGACGCCGGCCAGGGCACGAGCAGGGUCGUUGAAAAUCGCGAAGGGCGAGCGGGCCACGGUCUCCCAGGUCUCCCAGGCCAUGGAGCUGCUGCGCGACGUCGUGGAGGACGUGAAAACCCUCAAAGAAGCCCAGGAAAAGGCGGAGGAGCUCCCAGCGUCCUCCAUCUCUGAACUCUUCUUCCAGACAAUCGUCCAGCGAAUCGAUGCUCUAGAGAAGAUAGUCAGAGAACGGGAUGAAUUCCUGGACCUCGUGGGCCGGAAGAUGAGUUUGAUGCCUGUUGGAGAAGAAGUCACCAUGGUCACCUGGGAGGAGCUGGAGCAAGCCAUUACUGACGGCUGGAGGGCCUCACUAGGGGUGAACAAACUGGGGACCUGGGCCCUGGUUUUGGAUCAGACCUUUUCAGGACUCGGUGGCAUAAGAAACCCCUCUGAAGGGGUCACCAGGGAACGAGGCAGAGGUGCCUCCGCUACCGCAUUCCCUGCUAGAGAACAGCACCCGAGGGCCCGUGACGAAGCUGGCCUGGCAAAGGCCCAUCACCUGUCUGCGUCCCAAUCCAGAGUAGAGUCAGGUCGCCCCAGGACGAGAGAGCUGCCGUCGCACAGCUCCGUCCAUCUAAGAAAAGAGGAACGAGAAGCACAGCCUGGUCCCACCCUACAGGACCUAUCCUCAGGCCCUGUGGCAGGAGAUGAAUAUAAAGUACACCCAGAUCAGCACUGGGGGGUGGAUGCAAGCCAGGGUCGAAUCCAGCCCGGGCUAGAUCAGCAUGGACUGGGACCACACGGCAUGGACCCACUGGCGUGGAGCCAUCCCAGGACUUACCCACAUGCUGUGGUACCGCACAGCAUGGGUCAGCUCGGUGUGAUGCCACCUGGAACGGAUGAGUGGGGCUUGGUAACACCUGGCCUGGAUCAGUAUGGGAUGGUGCCACCAGUGGUACCCGGCACACAUCAGCAAGGAUGGGAACUACCUAGCACAGUUCAGCCUGGUAUGGUUCCACUUGGCACGUAUCAGUAUGGCACAGGACUUCCUGGCACAGCCCAUCAGCCUGGUGUGGAUCAGCGUGGAUUGGUGCCCUUGACUGCAGAUCAGCAUGGAUUUUUAAUAUCUGGCAUGGAUCAACAAGGAUCGAUCCAAGUGGUUUGGUCCAGCCUGGUGCUUAUCUACCUGAUUGGGCACAGCCUGGUCAGCAUGAGUCGGUCCAACUUGGCAUGGACCCGCGUGCUUUGGUGCAUCCUCGUGCUGGUCAGCCUGGCGUGGAUCAACAUGGUUUGUUGCGACCUGGCGCAGGUCAGCCUGGCUUGGCGCACCCUGGGGUGGACCAGCGUGGUUUCGUGCAACCUAGUGCUGGUCAGCCUGGUUGGGCACAGCCUGGCAUGGAUCACCGUGGUUUGGCACAACCUGGCGCAGCUCAGCCUGGUUUGGUGCAGCCUGGCAUCCAUCAUCCUGGUUUCACGGCAACCUGGCGCAGGUCAGCCUAGCUUGGCACAGCCUGGCAUCGAUCAGCGUGGGUUGGCACAACCUGGCACAGGUCAGCCUAGCUUGGCACAGCCUGGCAUCGAUCAUCCUGGUUUCACGCAACCUGGCGCAGGUCAGCCUAGCUUGGCACAGCCUGGCAUCGAUCAUCCUGGUUUCACGCAACCUGGUGCAGGUCAGCCUGGUUGGGCACGGCCUGGCAUGGAUCACCGUGGUUUGGCACAACCUGGCGCAGCUCAGCCUGGUUUGGUGCAGCCUGGCAUCGAUCAGCGUGUGUUGGCACAACCUGGCACAGGUCAGCCUAGCUUGGCACAGCCUGGCACGGAUCAUCCUGGUUUCACGCAACCUGGUGCAGGUCAGCCUAGCUUGGCACAGCCUGGCAUCGAUCAGCGUGUGUUGGCACAACCUGGCACAGGUCAGCCUAGCUUGGCACAGCCUGGCACGGAUCAUCCUGGUUUCACGCAACCUGGUGCAGGUCAGCCUAGCUUGGCACAGCCUGGCAUCGAUCAGCGUGUGUUGGCACAACCUGGCACAGGUCAGCCUAGCUUGGCACAGCCUGGCAUCGAUCAUCCUGGUUUCACGCAACCUGGCGCAGGUCAGCCUGGCUUGGCACAGCCUGGCAUGGAUCAUCCUGGUUUCACGCAACCUGGCGCAGGUCAGCCUGGCUUGGCACAGCCUGGCAUCGAUCAUCAUGGUUUCACGCAACCUGGCGCAGGUCAGCCUGGCUUGGCCCAACCUAGAGAGGAUCAGCGUGGGUUGGUACAACCUGGUGCAGCUCAGCCUGGUAUGGUCCAACCUAGAAUGGAUCAAGGUGGAUUGGUACAACCUGGUGCAGGUCAGCCGGGUUUGGUUCAGCCUGGCACAGUUCAGCCUGCUUUGGUCCAGCCUGGUGCAGGUCAGGGUGGUUUAGGGCAACGUGGAUUGGAUCAGCGUGGCUUGGUACAGGCUGACACAGAUCCACGUGGCUUUUCUCAACCUGGUGCAUAUCCUCCUGGAUUGAUUCAACCUGGCGCAUAUCCACCUGGUCUGGUACAGCCUGGUGCCUAUCCUCGUGGUUUGGUCCAGCCUGGAAUUGAUCAGUACGGCUUGAGGCCACCUGGAACCGGACAACCAGGUGUGGUACCAGCAGGCACAGGGCUUCGUGGCUUUCCAGCAUUUACCCCAGAUUUUCCAAGAUCUUUAGCACAUCCAUAUCACCCUGGCGUGAUACCUCCUGGCAGAUACCAACAUGGCGAGGUGUCGGCACUUCUAGCCAGUCAGGGUUUGGCAUCACCAGGGAUUGGCCAAAAGGGUUUACCAGAGACUUACCAGCAAGGUUUGUUACAUCGUGGCACAGACCAGCAUGGCCUGACACCAUUAAGCCCCCAUGUGGGAUCUGCACAGCAAGCUCAACAGCAUUUGGUUUCGCCUGGCCCGGAUCAGCAUGGCGAGGGACAAGCUGGCACAGAACAGCAAGACCAUGUAUCCUCUAUCCCAGAAUCCUGGGACCGAUCCUAUCCUGGCCCUCAGGGCCCAGGCGUCCAGAUGGGUUUGGAUCCAAAACAAAUACAGGCCCCAGGCCAGUCUGCCCUUCCGGUCCGGACUCCUUCCAGCCAAGCAGCCGCCUUUCCCAGGAGCGCAGACUCUCUCAGCUGUCUCCACCGAGUCUCCUCCGAAAAGAGUGAUUUCCAGAGCGAGAGACGUGACUCGCUGGAUAAAUUAGCUCCGACCUUCCCCAUGGCAGUGGAAACAUUUCGUCUGAUGGGAGAGCUCCUUGGCCUCUAUGUAGAGCUCAAGGAGAACAUGAAGGAGCUGGACGAGGAGGAGGCUGGCCAGACCGACCUGGAGAAGAUCCAGUACCUGCUCGGCCUCAUGGUCAAAAAGGCUAUACCCCCAGACCUGCAGGAACAGCUGAACACCUUAAAGUCCUUAACCAAAGAAGUUCGGCAGGAAAAAGCAAAAAUGGAGAGGAUGCAGAAGAUUCUGGAGGGCAACGGGGAACAAGAAACAGGGAAAGACACGAAGAAUGGCUCGCUGAGCUUGCAGCUGGGAAUCCUCAGAGUUACCGUGGCUGACAUCGAGAAGGAACUGGCCGAGCUGAGGGAAAGCCAAGAGCGGGGCAAGGUCAGCAUGGAGCACUCCGUCUCCGAAGCCUCCCUCUACCUGCAGGACCAGCUGGACAAGCUCAGGGCGAUCAUCGAGAACAUGCUGGCCUCCUCUUCCACGCUGCUGUCCCUGAGCAUGGCUCCUCACAAGGCGCUGUCCACUUUGGAACCCGGCCAGAUUGACCCGGAGGCCACCUGCCCCACCUGCAGCCUGGACCUGAGCCACCAGGUCAGCACGCUGGUGCUGCGCUACGAGCAGCUUCAGGACAUGGUCAACAAUCUGGCUGCCUCCCGGCCCUCCAAGAAAGCCAAGCUCCAGAGCCAGGAUGAAGAGCUGCUGGGCCACGUCCAGAGCGCCAUCCUGCAGGUGCAGGGCGACUGUGAGAAGCUCUACAUCACCACCAGCAGCCUCAUCGAAGACCACCGGCAGAAGCAGAAGGACAUUGACGUGCUGUACCAGGGCCUAGAGAAGCUCGAGAAGGAAAAGGCCAACAGGGAGCACCUGGAGAUGGAGAUUGACGUGAAGGCAGAUAAGAGCGCCCUGGCGGCCAAAGUGAGCCGUGUCCAGUUCGAUGCCACCACGGAGCAGCUGAACCACAUGAUGCAGGAGUUGGUGGCAAAGAUGAGCGGCCAUGAGCAGGACUGGCAGAAGAUGCUGGACAAGCUCCUGGUGGAGAUGGACAGCAAGCUGGACCGCCUGGAGCUGGACCCCGUGAAGAAGUUGCUGGAAGACCGCUGGAAGUCCUUGAGGCAGCAGCUCAAGGAGCGCUCUCCCCUCUACCAGGCGGACGAGGCAGCGGCCAUGCGGAGGCAGCUCUUGGCACAUUUCCACUGCCUCUCUUGUGACCGGCCCUUGGAGACAGCUGUGACUGGACAAUUUAUCCCGGUGACUCCUGUGGGCCCAGCCCUGCCUGGGCACCGUUCCACCCGCCCCUACACUAUCUUCGAGCUGGAGCAGGUCCGGCAGCAGAGCCGCAACCUCAAGCUGGGCGGUACCGCCUUCCCUCGGGGCGACUUGGCGCACAUGGAGCGGAGCGUGGGGCGCCUGCGCACCAUGCACUCCAAGAUGCUGAUGGACAUUGAGAAGGUGCAGAUCCACUUCGGAGGCUCAGUCCGGGCCAGCAGCCAGAUGAUCCGGGAGCUGCUGCAGGCACAGUGCCUGAGCUCCCCCUGCUACAAACGGGUGCCGGAGACAGCCGACUACGUGUACUCGAGCGUGCCCCGGCGCUGUGGGGGCAGCCACACCCUCACGUACCCCUACCGCCGCAGCCGUCUACAGCACCUGUCCCAGGGCCUGUACCCCACCGAGGAGGUCCAGAUCGCCAUGAAGCAUGAUGAGGUGGAUAUCUUGGGCUUGGAUGGACAUAUUUACAAGGGACGGAUGGAUACAAGGCUGCCCGGCAUCUUGACCAAAGACAGUGAGUCCUCCAUCUCCGGGAUGACCAAGCACAAGGCCAAGCAAUCCCGGCCCCAUGUGCACAGGCAGCAGUCCCUCAGCGACAACGGCCAGCUGCCCUCGAGACCUCAGAGUGCCCAGAUGCUGGCUGGCAACAGCCCAGCUCCUCCUCGUCCACGGAAAGACAGACCCCUGUCGUCCGAGGGGCGCCUCGCCCAGCCCAACGCAGCCCACCCGCCCAGCCCCAGCGAGAUGGAGAUGCACAUGGACAUGCCCCCCGGGGAGGGGCCCGAGGAGCCCACCCGGGGACCGCGGUCCACCACUGCUCAGUGAGCAAAGGUAUUAAUAAAUGUUUAGGAAGAAGCUUGGGGCAGCGAGACUUCUGUGGUCUUGGCUCGGGAAGAUGGAGUCAAAGGGUGGGGGGUCCUUCAGGCCAGGCCCCGCCAGACCACCCCCCGGGUCCGGGUGGCCGGCCUUCAGUUGAACAGGUUGGACUUCUAGCGUGAGAAUGAGACCACGACCCCCCACCCCCCAAAACGGGUGAAGCUACCCUCCAAGGGUGCGGGGCUUCAAAAGCAGCUGGUGAGGCCAGACCCCAGAGCCUGGGGCUAGUAGGCCACAGUAGGAGGCGCUCUCACCCCUGCGGGCUCUCUCCUGACCUCCGCGGGACCCCGAGGCUGCUGGCCUACAGGGUUGCCUGGCCCACCGGGGUGUUCCUGGCACAUCCCUCGGGGAGCAGGGCCCCGGCCACCUGGGAAGGUUUCUGGUUGCUGUCCUCUGCAGCUUACCCCUGAGUGGCUGCUGCAGAGGCAAAGAGGGACUGCCUGGCCUAGGCCGGUUCCCUGCUCCCCUUCCCCCUCCCCAGAAAGAGUGAAAAGAAAUGUGAGCAGAAGUGUGUCGGGAGGGGCUUAGCCAGGGGACUGCCAUGUGCCCAGCGCCCGGAGGCCUAGCCUUUGUACUGCCCCAGCCUGCUGGGCUCCACCAGCCCCCAAGAGGCAAAGAGGGUUCACUGCUAUCCCGAGUCCUUUGCGCUAAAGGUCUUGGCAGGUUUGAGGGGACAGAGGAGCGAGGGGCAGCGGCUGAGUUCAGCGGGUAUGGGAUGAACCCCCAGACCCCCCUGGGGCCCCGGCGGGGACGAGGGAGAACCGCCCUCCCCACGAGGCCUCUGAAGUCACAGAAGCAGCUUUUCUGUCUUCAGGUCUCUUCUCAUGGGAGGCCCCCAGCCCCACUCCUCGUCACCCCAACAUAGGGAAGGGAUGUCUCACACAAGAGGCUCGCUUUAAGGUGGGAGGGGAUGGGGUGACAAAACACACACGAAAGGAAAGUGUGGCAGGAAACUGCCCAGAAGAGGGUUUCUCCCCAGUCCUGUGUGGGCAAAGGAGGGUAUCAUGGGGGUGGGGCAGGUGUUCCCUACGGGCGGGGGUGGUGUUUCCCCCUUCUUUCCCCAUGGGCCAAGAUCCCCUCCAUCUUCUCACAAUGAUCUAAUGCCCUGGCUGGGUAAGAAGUGGUAAACAGCUUGAACCCUGGGGGCCCGGUAGAAAGGUCUCACGCCAGUCGCCCUUCUCUCCCCAAGCAGAGCAGGAGAGCCAGCUCCAGCCCCUCUGCUCCUGCCCGGCUCCCGUUUCUCACCCAGCCUGAGAGAUGUCAGCAGGUUCCUGGCUCAGUGUCCCUGGCCUAGAAUCCAAACUCACCAGCUUGGCAGGGAGGAGCAGAAGCAGGACAGCCCAGCCCUCCGUGCCCAGGCCUCCCCCGCGCCCAGACAAGGACGGGGAGUGGAGGACAUUCCCCAAGCAGGGGAGGCCAGCCCCCAUCCUCGCACCUGGGCCAGGCCGCCCACCCUCCCCAGGCUGUGGUCCCAGCGUGGCCGCCCACGGGCCCUCCAGGGACUUCCCCUCGCAGCCCCGGAAAGCACAGGUGGGCUGGCUUAGGGGUGAGGCCGGGAGGCGGCCCAGGGGUUUCCAACCAGGAAACAAAACUGGAAGGACUAACCCAGCCUCAGAGGAAACCAUCCCAUGCAGGGGGCAGAGGGCACUGCUGGCAGGUUCUGCUCGGCUCCAUAGGAGCCGCUGUGCGGGCGGGCUGGACGAGGUAGCCUGGCGUGCUCCCUAGGGCUCCUCUCAGGUGUCACUCCCCCUCAGGCUAUGAACCCCCAGCCCCUCCAGCCCCACUCUACAGCAGGGUCCAUCACAGGCCUCUGGCUGCUGAGGACGGAGAGAACAAGCCCCCUCCCCCCAACGCACAUGCACACACACAAGCACACACGUGUUUUAGGGGUCUUAGGGCGCAGCGGGGUACAAGGCAGCAUCCCU